AUGGGGCUAGAAGGAGAAGUACUGCAUAAGUUUGUGCAGCAGGCCCUGGAGAGGGACGAGAGAGUUAAGGAGAGGGAAGCACAGAGAGUAGAGGCAGCGAAAAGAGAGAAAGAGCUGGAGCUCGAGAGCCAGAAGCUAGAAGCCGAAGCUAAAAGACAGGAGAUUGAACUCGAGAAGAUGAGAGUUCAAGCCGCAGAGAGAGACAAGGAGAGACAAGAGAAAGAAAGAGAAAGGCAGGGAGAGAUGGAGAAGAUGAAGUGGGAAGCAGAGGAAAGAGAGAAAGAGAAAGAACGGGAACGACAGAUGGAGAUGGAGAAGAUGAAAGUGGGAAGCAGAAGAAAGAGAGAAAGAGAAAGUAAAGGGAACGACAGAUGUCGAUGGAGAAGAUGA